UUGCUGCGCCGCCACCGCCCGAGUCCCUGUCCGCGCUCUUCUCGGGCACUCUUAGCAGCAGCCGCGCCGCCUUCAUCUCUGGCUUCGCUUGCUCAUUCUCUUCCUGCGGAACCACUUUUCUCCUAGCGCCAUGACCGUCGUCUCUGUCCCGCAGCGGGAGCCGCUGAUCCUGGGCGGCCGCCUUGCGCCCCUGGGCUUUUCCGCCCGCGGUUACUUCGGGGCCCUCCCGAUGGUACCCUCGGCUCCACCGCCUUUACCCCGGAUUCCGGACCCCCGAGCACUGCCUCCCACCCUGUUUCUCCCUCACUUCCUAGGGGGGGACGGCCCGUGUCUGACCCCUCAGCCUCGCACCCCAGCACCUCUGCCCAACUGCAACCUGGUCCCGGCGGGAGGCACCCCUCGGGCCGCUCCAAAGAAGCGGCGAAAGAAGAAGGUGCGGGCCAGCCCGGCAGGGCAGCUGCCCAACCGCUUCCACCAGUACCAGCAGCACCGGCCGAGCCUAGAGAGCGGGCGGAGCUCAACGGGCCGGAACCGAGCGCAGGAAGUCCCGGACCAGGCUGCCGCCUCGGCCCCGGCUCCUGGGACCGCAACCGAAACUGAGGGCGCGAGCCUUUGCCCUGGUCCGCUACCUCCUGCGGUACCUGGCCACCCCUCAUUUAGAAAAGAGGUUUUAAUAUCAAACAUAGGAAAAUCGGAGAAAAUUACCAUUCCCCACGGGCAGCUUGUUCAUGGUAUGCACUUGUGUGAACAACCAAAGAUAAACAGACAGAAAAGCAAAUAUAACUUACCACUAACCAAGAUCACCUCUGCAAAAAGAAAUGAAAAUAACUUUUGGCAGGAUUCUGUUUCAUCUGAUAUAAUUCAGAAGCAGGAAAAAAAGUCUUUCAAAAAUACUGAGAACAUUAAAAAAAAGCAUUUGAAGAAAUCUGCAUUUUUAACUGAAGUGAGCCAAAAGGAAAAUUAUGCAGGGGCAAAAUUUAGUGAUCCACCUUCUCCUAGUGUUCUUCCAAAGCCGCCCAGUCACUGGAUGGGAAGCACUAUUGAAAAUUCCAACCAAAAUAGAGAAUUGAUGGCGGUACACUUAAAAACUCUCCUAAAAGUUCAAACUUAGGUCUUGGAUUUCAGUAUGUAUGUGAAACAUAAUUUUUCCAAAAUUUCUGGACUCUUGAAAGAAAACUGGUACAGAAAUGGCAAUUUCCUUUGUUGCAGCUUACAAGUGCAAAAGAUGAGUUUAAAAAAUUACAAACAGCUUGUAUUAUAUUUUAUAUUUUGUAAAUACUGUAUACCAUGUAUUAUGUGUAUAUUGUUCAUACUUGAGAGGUACUUAUAGUUUUGUUAUGAAAGUGUAUUUUGCCCUGCCCAAAUGGUAGGUGUUUUGUAUAUAUACAAUGGAGAAAUUUUACGUGUGUGCUAAGGCACAUGGAUGACCAAUUUAUUUGCACAAGGUACCAAGAGAUUUUUCAAGAAACAGCUGUCAAAUCUUAAGGUGAAGAUCUAAAUGUGAACAGUUUACUGAUGCACUACUGAAUUUUAAAUCUGUGGCACAAUCAUUGUAAACAUGAGAUUUGUCUAUGUUUCUCUAAAUUGAUUUCUGCCUUUUUACCUGUAAUUACUGGAAAACUCCUGUUCUCAUGUUUACCAAACUUAAUCUCGGAUUUUUGGUUUGCCCACAUUCAAAUUUAAAAUACCUCUAAUGUUAAUGCCAACAAAAUCGGUUGUAAUCAAAUUUUUAAAUAAUAAUUUGGUCCCCUCCUCCCCCCUUUUAAA